AUGGUAAAAAACCUACAAAAGAAGGCGGCGCCGACAGACACGAUACGGGUCUUCGAUAUCAACAAGGCUGUGACGGAGAAGCUCGUUUCCGAGGUCCAGGGUGGCGCGAAGGUCGAGGUGUCGGAGAGUCCUCUGGAUGCCGUUAAAGACGCUGACACCGUCAUCACCGUCCUCCCCGAACCCGUUCACGUCAAAAAGGUCUACUCCUCCUUCCUCGACUCCAUCCCUCCCCGCGACCGCAUCUUCAUCGACUGCUCCACAAUCGACCCCUCCUCCUCCCAAGAAGUCGCCGGCUGGGUCACGAAGGCCAAGCAGGGCCACUUCGUCGACUCCCCUAUGUCAGGAGGCGUCGUCGGCGCCGCUGCCGGCACGCUAACCUUCAUGCUCGGAGCCGAUGCCGAUCUCGUCCCCCGCGUCGAGCCCGUCCUUGAAAAGAUGGGCCGUCGCAUCCUCCACUGCGGUAAGCAAGGGACCGGUCUCUCGGCCAAGCUGGCCAACAACUACCUCCUCGCCAUCAACAACAUUGCGACAGCCGAGGCUAUGAACCUGGGUAUCCGAUGGGGACUCGAUCCCAAGACGCUAGCGGAGAUCAUCAACGUUAGCACCGGAAAGUGCUGGCCGUCCGAGGUGAACAACCCCGUCAAGGGCGUCGUGGAGACUGCGCCCGCCGGCAGGGACUAUGCUGGUGGUUUCGGGGUUUCGCUGAUGAAGAAGGAUUUGAAGCUCGCUAUGCUUGCGGCUGACGAGGCUGGUGCGAGGUUAGAGUUGGCGACGAAGGCGAGGGAGCUGUACGAGGCGGUGGAGGCGGAUGAGAAGUGCGCAGGCAGGGACUUUUCGGUCGUGUAUAGGUAUAUUGGUGGCAAGGAAGAGUAA